AUGAAGACUCUCUUCAAGAAUGCCACUAUUAUACCGGGAGUCAAUCCUCCCCCCGCAGAUUCUCCCACUUGUAUGGUCAUCGAGGAUGACCGCAUUGUUUACGUCGGUACCGAGACCGAUCUUCCCACUGACCCGGUGGAUCAUGAGGUCGAUUUGAAUGGCAAGAAAGUCCUACCUGGAUUCAUCGACGGGUGGCCGGCCUCCCGGACCCGGAGGGGGGGCACCAUCUCCCGCGACGCGACGACGGGCCUACCGAGCGGCCUGCUGGGCGAAGCGGCGGCGGUGACCUACGUGUGGCCGCACGUGGCGCGCGUGUCGACGCCCGAGGAGAAGCUGGCCUACAUCCGCCACGCGGUGCGGGCCUACAACGCGGCGGGCUACACGGGGAUGAUCGAGAUGGCGACGGACGAGAACCUGUGGACGACGAUGCAGCAGCUGCGCGCGCGCGAGCCCGUCUCCAUCCGCCUGGCGGCGCAUUGGAUCAUCACCCCGUCGCAGGACGAGACCGUCGUGCUGCGCCAGGUCGACCGCGCCAUCGCCCUGCACCGCGAGUACAACCGCACCACGUCGCCGGACUUCCGCAUCGCGGGCAUCAAGAUCAUCUGCGACGGCAUCGUCGACGCCUGCACCGCCGCCCUCCUCGAGCCCUACGCCAGCACCGGCACCACCUGCGGCCCGCUCUGGGAUCCCACGUUGCUGCGGACGGUCGUCGCCAAGGCCGACGCCGCCGGCCUCCAGUGCGCCCUGCACGCCAUCGGCGACCAAACCGUCCGGCUGGCCAUCGACACGUUGGAAGCCUGCACCGCCACCAGCAACAGCGGCAGCAAGCGCCACCGGAUCGAGCACCUCGAACUCACCCACCCAACCGACAGCGCGCGCCUCGCCCAACUCGGCAUAACCGCCUCCAUCCAGCCCGUGCACGCCGACCCGGCCAUCCUGCGCGCCUGGCCCCAGCUCCUCGGCGAGGCCCGCUGCCGCCGCGCCUUCGCCUACGCCGAGUUCCUCCGCCACGGCGCCCCCCUCGCCAUCGGCACCGACUCCCCCACCGCCCCGCACGGCGCCCUCCGCAACCUCUACACGGCCACCACGCGCCGCUCCGCCCGCGACCCCGCCCUGGAUGACGUCUUCAACCCGGCCUUCGCGCUGACGCUGCUCGAGGCCGUCGUGGCUGCCACCGCGGGCUCGGCGUACUCGUGUUUCGAUGAGGAUCGCACCGGCACGUUGGCUGCCGGCAAGCUCGCGGAUUUUGUGGUCUUGGAUAUGCCGCGGGGCUGGGAGGCGGGGGGGUUGUUGGAGGCGGAGGUGCUGGAGACUUGGUUUGCGGGGAGGAGGGUGUUUGAGAGGGGGGGUUAG